UAGGCCUAAUACUGUAUGAAGUAUUCUUUGCGAAAUUCUGUCGUCAUAGAAAUACCCUGCCAGUAUGUAUUCAAGCAAAGAUCGUAGAAGAGGAAGGGAUAGACAAGGUGAUCCUGGGAGGUUCAGCCAAUCUUCAGGCCAUGCUGAUGUUUCUUAUCGCGGUCGAUAUGAUGAUCCUAGCCCUCCUCGUUCCAGAGAUUUUGGUCAGUAUGGAUCUAGGAACUCUCAGAUGGCCACCUUUCCUGUUGGGCAGAGUUUUGAUAAUGAUGACCUCCGAAUGCGAGGGGAUGACAGAUAUGACACCCCUGUGCUAUCAAGGUCAGCCAGUGAUAGGGAUGACUUCUACCCUGACAGACAACCGUACAGUAAUUCAAGAAGGGACAGCCAUAACCAAAGAAGAUCCAUUCAUGACUCUCCAACGGAUCGCCAGUCUCGUGAGAUGGAUCUCCAUCCGUCAGGUAAAAUGGGACAUGGGUCUUACUCCAUGGACAGUGAUAGGGGAAGAGACAGGGACUUGCCAAUGGACACCCAAAGGUUUGAUGCCCUCAGUACCAGUGCUUACCCAUUACUGAACAGAGCAACGGAGUACACUGAGACUCUGGCUGCUAAGGUGCAGUUGCAGAAGGCAAUCUUGGCAGAACAAACCCUGCUCCUUGAAAGGGAGCGCAAGAAGCUGGAGAUGGCAAGUCAGCAAGACAUGAGACGCAAUCAAGGAGUUGGACCCAGACAGGACCAGCGGAGGAUGAGCGGAGGAGGUAGAGGACAAGGUGGAUUUGGAGGUCGAGGACAAAGUGGAUUUGGAGGUCGAGGACAAGGUGGAUUUGGAGGUAGAGGACAGGAGGGAGGAAGGGGAGGCAGGCGCCUCUCUGGAGGAGACAGUGCCAGUAGAAGAAAUCUUGGAGGGAGCCCGGGACAGCCAAAGCGUGGCGGGCGUGGCGCUCGUGGUGGUCGUAGAAGUCUGGAUGGUGCUCCCGGGGGUAUGCAGGGAAGCAAGGGUGGUGGCCGUGACAGGUCCCGGGACAGGAGUGAAGUGGGAAGGAAACAAGGCCAGAAACGCAAGUUGGAAUCACUGGCAGGAGGACAUGGUAGUGCUGAUAAAUCCUGCUUUAUUUGCAGUAAGAAAGGUCACCUUGCAAGGGAUUGUCCUACCAAGAAAGACACUCCAGCUGUAGGACGUGAUGAUGGUGGUGAUAAGGCAUGUUAUCAGUGUGGUGAGAAAGGUCACCUGAAACGGGAUUGUCCUAAAAAGGAUUCAUCAGGUAGCCGUGCGGAGAGUGGUGGUAUCAGGACCCCAAAAGCUGAAGGAUCAGAGAAUGUCCCUCCUGUGGUCUCUUCAGAUCAACCCCCACAGAAACGGAUGGCCAUUGGAAAGGAUCUUCCUGGUGAUAAAGGCCCGGAUAGGAAGGAAGCGGAUAGAAGCAGUACCAGAGGUCGUCAGCCAAGGGUCGGAACCACAAGCUCCAGAGGAGGAAGAGGUGGAUCAAGUGCCAGGGGUAGUUUUGCCAGUGGAAGGGGAGGUGGUAUUAGCUCUAUCAAGAGAGGCAGCAAGGCUUUCAUUACCCUUGGAGGCAGAGCAAGCAAACAUGGUUUUAUCUUCGGUGACAAGGGAGGAUUCAGGGAAAGGUCUUUGAAUCCCGACCAGCUCUUCUGUCACAUCUGCCAAUGGCAAUGCAGGGAUAUGCAUUGUUACAAGAACCACAUGUUCAGUAACAUGCACAUAGAGAACAUCUCUGAGUUCCAGAUGGUGGAAAAGAAGUUGGAGUUUAAACCUAGGGAAAAAGAUGGUGACAGAGAGACUCCGGCAGAGCCCACCACUAAGACCAUCCAUGUCAAGUUCUGUCAGCUGUGUCAGGAAUCUGUCAGAGGGUCCCUGGAGGCACAUGCUAAGACUGAUAAACAUAGGGAGAUAAAAAAGGAAAAGGGCCCUUAUUGCAAAGUAUGUGAACAAGCUUUCCCAGGAAUGGGACUCUAUAAGCGUCAUUUCAAACUUACAGUACACUUGAAGAAUGCUGAAGAGAAAGGAGUGGACCCCUCUUUUGAAGAAUAUGCUGGUGUAAGCAAAGGAGAAGAGGAUUCUACAACUGCCAAAUCUGCAGAUGAGAAUGGUCAGUCAUUGACCGAUAAGUCUGACCAGGCUCAGAAGGGGCCUGGCCAGGCAGGGGCCGAUUCUGCGGCCACUUCUAGACCAACACCCAAGUCCGUUCAGGAAGACCUAGAGGAAGAUUUAUCCGUUUUCAAUCCGAACGUCUCCGUGGGUGUACAGUAUGUGGUUCCUGUUACUGGAUUCUUCUGCAAGCUGUGUCGUCGAUUCUACACCAAUGAGGCCAGCGCCUGGGUGACCCACUGUAGAACAGAGCCUCACUUCAAUGCCGUCAAGGAAAAACGAGCAGCUGUCGCUGCUGCCUUGGCAAAACGUAAACUAGAGGAAGAGCAGAGAGCUGCUGAGGAGGCCAAAGCUGCUGAGGAAGCCAAAGCUGCUGAGGAAGCGAAGGCCGCUGAAGAGGCAAAGGCUGCUGAAGAAGCGAAGGCCGCUGAGGAAGCAAAGGUUGCUGAAGAGACAAAGGCUGCCGAGGAAGCGAAGGCUGCUGAAGAGGCGAAGGCCGCUGAAGAAGCCAAGGCCGCUGAGGAAGCUAAGGCUGCUGCAGAAGCGAAGGCUGCUGCAGAAGCGAAGGCUGCUGCUGAAGCAAGGGCUGCUGCAAAAGCCAAGGCCAAAAGGGCAGUUGAGCCUUUGGAGGAAGGCGAGGUCACUGAUGACUCUGAAGAAGUACAGGUUGUGGAUGAAAUACAGGCUCCCCAUGAAGAGUUUGAGACGGAGGAGGCUAGUGAAGAAAUGGCUGAGGUUAUGGAUGCUGCUACCAUUGAAGAUGCAGACAAAGCUAUGGACCCAACUGGUACAGAAGAAGAAAGCAAUAUGGAGACCGAAGAACAGCCCACAGAGGAGGAACCCAGCCAGGCGAAUGAAGAAGAAGAUACCGGCGCUGAAGCAACAACCCAUGAAGAAGUGACAGAGGUCAUCGAGGAAGGAGAAGAGGAAGAAAUGAUGGAGGAAGUUACGGAUGAAGCAAACAUAGUAGAAGGAUUUGAUGAAGGAGAGCUGGAGGUUACAGAUGCAGUUGGUGGAGAUGAUGAAGAGAGUGGAGAAGAAGGGGAGGGAGAAGGUGGAGGUACGAAAGUGGAGGAGCCUGAGGAGGAGGAAGAAGUCAGUGUAGAGGUUCAGGAUGAAGGGAGGAAGAGGAGCCCUCGAAGGGGAGGAAGGGGUGGGAGAGGUGGUAGGGGUGGGAGGAGAUCACGUUCACGACGACGUUAAAGAGAGAUGGUUGCUCGGUAUGGCGGGACUUAAAUUUAAAGAAGGUUUGUAUCAUAGAUAGUUAGAAGAGAAUGUAGUUGGAUAAAGAUAGGGGAAGAUAAUCAAGUAUACUAGAAAUACAAUUCUACUUAUGUUUGCAUUGGUUGUAUUAUAAAGUGACAGUGAGUGUACGGUCAUUCUUUAGUGUUUGGUUACUGUUUUGUAUUUGUAUUGUGAGUGCGAAAUUGUCUCUGAAAUGAGAUCUGUGAAGGUUCUAAUUCCUUAUACCAGCAUUAUAUGUACAUGAAUGUUGAUAUUGCUUUGUGUACUGUUUACUAUUAGCUUUACUAUGUAGCAGUUCAAAAUCAUAUGUGUUACCUUGUAAAUAUGUAGUUUGUAGUUUACAUUUGGUGGCGUUUCCAAACAAACUUGCUAUUCUAAUUUCUAACCAA